GCUGCUCAGUCUCAGUUCUGAUUAGAACGUGAACGGGUGCGGUUCGCUGACGUGUCGAUAGCGGUUUACAAGCGGUUUUAAAGGCGGACGCGUUUUUCGCGCGUUUCCUUGCCAGCGGAAAAAUAAAGUGUGUGUGUGCAUGAGUUAGUGUGUUAGUGUUUAGUGUUAAUGUGAAUUUUUUAAACAGCAUGUGCCAUUGGGAAAUGUCUCCACACAUAUAUAAAGGCACGAAUAUAUAAAUAAAUAAAUUUAUUGAUACAAAUGAUUAGGAAAUAAACAGCGGCAAAGGAGCAAACAAUCAACAAUAAUCAUAAGUUAGUUUUCUCCAUUUCCGCAAGGAAGGAAGGAAGUUGGCAACAAGUGUUGGAUCCCCAAGAGCAGAAAUCACGGAUACUUUGGGCCAGGGUGAGGCAAUCAGGACGCGCAGCUGGCGGCUGUAAGGAGGAGGAGUGCCACUAGUUUUCCGCCCAAACGUUUUUCGCCAUGGUAAAUCACAAUGGGGAUUCUGCGAAAACGGAAAAUGGCACAAGUGCAACGAAUCUGAUUGUUAAAGCCGACGGAAAUGCAAUGCAGACCAAGACGAUGACGUCAUCGGCGGCUAAGAUGACGGAGGCCCUUUCGGCAUCUUUGGCCGAUUUGAGCGAGCAGGAGAAUGGAACCACGGCUGAGGACAUCCAUUUAAACGAUUUAUACACCCGCUACCGCCAGAGGCUCCGCAAGUCACUCUUCAGAUCGGGGCUGUUAACUUCACUGCUGGCAUGUGUUGUGUCCAUAAUAAUUGGCAUCGUUUACGACCAGCUCCUGGUGCAGACUUUACUGCUUGUGCUGGCGGCUCUAAUCUCGGGAUCCAUUCUGACGGCUCUGCAGUUUCCGGCUGUGCUGAGCUCACCAGCUGCCGCCUUGGCCUUCGCCAUCGUCACCACCUUUUCGCUGGGCACAAUUGCGGCCAUCACGGGGGAUGAACUGGCUCCCCUGCCCAUGUACGCCCUGUUCCUGUGCAUCCACUCGAUGCUGCCCAUUUCAUGGCCCGUUUCCGUGGUACUGGCCCUAUUCAUGACCGCCAUCCACAUCGUUUACCGGAUCGGCUCGAGCCCGGACUACGCGCCCAAUUUGCCAAUGCUCUUCGGGGAGAUUGUGAUGCUGGCCAGUGCAUCCAUUUCCGGGCUCUACUACCGCAUCAUGUCGGAUGCGGCGCACAACCGGACCGUGGACGGUACUAGGACGGGAAUCGAGCAACGCGUGAAGCUCGAGUGCGAGCGAGAGCAGCAGGAGCAGCUCCUCCUCAGCGUCAUUCCCGCCUACAUUGCCGCAGAGGUAAAACGCAGCAUCAUGCUGAAGAUGGCUGAUGCCUGUCAGAGAGCUGGAGGACAGGCGUCCACCUCGGCCACCCGGUUCCAUGAGCUCCACGUCCAGAGACACACCAAUGUCACCAUUCUCUUCGCAGAUAUUGUCAACUUUACUCCUCUGUCAAGCUCCCUGACGGCCAGUGAUUUGGUGAAGACCCUGAACGAUCUGUUUGGACGAUUUGAUCAAAUAGCACAGGAGAACCAAUGCCUUCGCAUCAAGAUCCUCGGGGAUUGUUAUUACUGCGUGUCCGGCCUGCCCAUUUCCCGGCCCCAACAUGCAACCAAUUGUGUCAACAUGGGCCUGCAGAUGAUCGAUGCCAUCAGACACGUGCGUGAGGCGACCGGCAUAAAUGUUGACAUGCGAAUUGGCAUCCACACUGGCAACGUUCUCUGCGGCGUCCUUGGCCUACGAAAGUGGCAAUUUGAUGUUUGGAGCGACGACGUUACAUUGGCCAACCACAUGGAAAGCGGCGGUGUCGCUGGGCGCGUUCACAUCACCAAACAAACUCUGGACUUCCUGGGCGACAAAUUCGAGGUUGAGCAAGGAGAGGGUGGCAAUCGGGAUGCCUAUCUGGCGGAUCACAAGGUAGAAUCUUUUCUCAUAGUGCCACCAAAGCCGGCAUACACCUACAGUGUUCCGCGAGUGGUGGAGUGCAUUGAGCAGAAUGAUCCCAGUCCCACGGAGGAGACCAAGGAGAUAAAGGAAGUGGAACACACCAAUGAGGGCGCUGAUGUCACCGAUAGCCUACUCCCAGUGACUGUGGAUCCACCACCGGUGGUCGUUGAUGAAAAGAUGUCACCUACUUCUACGAAUAGCCAGGAGAUUCCUUUGCACGCUCCUCUUGCCUCUACCGCCUCUAUGUCCAUCAAGGAGUUGUCUGAGGAGGAGGACGAGGCAGAUGAGGCCACUGCAGUUACCGAGCCCCUGAUGGUCAAGGAUCAGGACAACAAAGAUGGUCAGGAGGUCAAGGCCAAUGGCGCUCAUCGUGGCAGUGGUGAUUCUGCUGCUUCCGAGUCCGCUGCCAAGUCCACUGCCCUUUCCCUACCUGCCGAGGAUUUGCUUAGCAUGAGCGGUUCGGAAAGUGGUAUCUCUAACAGUGGAACCCCAGCUCCAUCUUCGAAUCCAGCUAGUGUCACGCCUACUACAGCCGCCCCAGCUGGAGGAACUUCCCCCGCCACCAAUAGUCUAACGGUGGCCGAAGCCCCAGAGCGAUCAAGACGAAAGUUGUCCGUUCAAGGUCUGAUGUCCUUCGCCGACCGACGCCGCUCCUCCGGAGCCUUCAUUGAGGGACGAAAGCUGUCCAUCCACAGCGGAGAAAGUUUCCGCAGUCAUGCGGGUCAUGUCACACGCAAUCGUCCCUCAUCGAAGAUGACCAAAUAUGUGGAGUGCUGGGGGGCAGAUCGACCCUUUGCCAAUAUUGCCGAAUCCAAGCUGGUCAAGAACAUCGGACUGGCGAGCAUCGCCAUGAUUGAAUCAAAUUUACUGCCGCCAGAGCGUAAAUGUUUCAAUUUUAAUUUCUUCGGACCGCCCACGGAGCUGAAGCCAUUUACCAUGUGGUACCGCAAUACGCCCCGGGAGGCAAUGUACCGCGCCCAGCCGGAUACGCACUUCCGGUUCGACCUGAUAUGCGCCUUCGUUCUCUUCCUCUCGCUGGCCAUCGUCCAGUUGAUUGUAAUCGAAUUAAACCUGGCCCUACUUGGAUCCCUCUUGGCCAGCUUUAUGUCCCUGGCCCUGUUCCUCUAUCUGAGCAACAUGUCCGUGCCGGAUGUCCAUACCUCGACAACGGAGAGAAACGGCCCUGGACAGGUGGUGGCCAGCAGUCGGUAUUUGCGACUGGCCAUGUUCGUCGUAGUCAACAUCCUCAUCUCCUCCUGUGCAGUAUUCAGUGUGAUCAACUUUACGGUGCCAGAAAGUGUAAAAAAUGAGCCAAUACCUAAUGCCACCAUUAUCUUUGCCAGCAAUUUAUCAAGUGAUUUCUUGAACGCCACUUUUGAGGAAAUGCAGCCGUUGGAUAUCGCCCGUGCCAUACCCAUUGCCCCAGUGUUUCUCUAUUGCUGUGCCAUUAGUUUGGCAGCAAUUUCUGCCUUUUUGCGAUCUGGUUUUAUCCUUAAGCUCAUUGCCAUGCUAGUGGCUGUAAUCGCUCAGGUCACAGUUCUUGGUUACAGCGAUCUGUUCGAGCAGUACAACCUACAUAUGAACGAAAAAGGUUUACCCCUGGAGAUCAAGGGAUUCCUGCUGCUCUUGGUGAUUAUUCUAGUGCUCCAUACCCUAGAUCGCCAGGGUGAAUAUGUGGCUCGCACUGAUUUCCUGUGGAAGGCCAAGUUGAAGGUGGAGCAGGAGGAGGUGGAAACCAUGCGUGGCAUCAACAAGAUUCUGCUGGAGAAUAUCCUGCCGGCCCACGUGGCCACCCAUUUCCUGCACCUGGAACGCUCCACAGAGCUAUACCACGAGAGCUACUCCUGCGUGGCCGUGAUGUUCGCCUCCAUUCCCAACUACAAGGAGUUCUAUGACGAGACGGAUGUCAAUAAACAGGGCCUGGAAUGCCUGCGCCUGUUGAACGAAAUCAUUUGUGACUUUGAUAAGUUACUCUUAAAGCCAAAGUUUAGUGGAAUCGAAAAGAUUAAAACUAUAGCCAGCACCUAUAUGUGUGCCUCGGGACUGAGACCCGGCAAGGAAGAUGGCGCUACCUCGCGUAGCUUUGCGGAUGAGAAGCGAACGGAGGAGCACAACGUGGUCAUAUUGGUUGAGUUUGCGAUUGCUUUGAUGUCCAUAUUGGAUUCGAUUAAUCGCGAGUCCUUCCAACGUUUCCGUCUUCGCAUCGGACUCAAUCAUGGUCCCGUGAUUGCCGGCGUGAUUGGCGCUCAGAAACCGCAGUACGAUAUCUGGAGUAACACAGUUAAUGUGGCCUCACGGAUGGACUCAUGUGGCGUAAUGGGGCGGCUUCAGACAACGGAAAACACGGCAAAGAUAUUGAUGGCUGCUGGUUAUGAGUGCGAAUGCCGGGGUCUGACCUAUGUCAAGGGCAAGGGCAAUCUAGUCACCUACUUUGUAAAGACACCUUUCGAUGGGAAAUUGUAAAUCACCCAAUUGCUGUUGAUACUAUUUAAUGGAUAUUUAUGAUCAUGUACACGUAGCCUAGGCCAAAAGUCACUUCAAAGCAUCUUGUUAUUUAUUUUGAGCUUAUCAUUUUAGUUUUAAUGAAUUUGCAAGCAUUUAAAAGUACGUUGCUCAUCACACGCACAUGUUAAGUAUUUGUUAGCAACAAUUUGUUUUUUAGUUAGCUAUUAGAAUUUAAAUGUUAUUGACUAUUUCGUACAAUUUGUUAGCUAAUCUUAUGCGUAGCCAUCACUUAAACAGCGAAUAAUUAUAUACGAUUCGAAUUAAAAACAAUUUAUUAUAGACAAAGAAAUGCAAAUUAGCCCACCCUAGCCCAAAAAUUAACCAACAAUAAAUUAAUAUAGCCAAAAAAAAAACAUAUCUAUUUACUAACUGCUCUGUUAAAUUCUUAUCUAAAACUCUCAAGAUAUGUUUCUAUCGCUAUCCUCUCCAUUUCGAGCACUAUAUAAAUCAAUUUGUUAAAACUAUACUAUUUCUGUUAAACGACACUAGUUAAAUAUUCUAUAAAAAGAAUCAAUUAAAAACUCUAUAUAUUUUUUUA